UCGUCAAUGGAGCUGGAAAACAUCGUGGCCAACACGGUCUUGCUCAAAGCCAGGGAAGGGGGUGGAGGAAAGCGUAAAGGUAAAAGCAAAAAGUGGAAAGAAAUCCUGAAGUUCCCUCACAUUAGUCUGUGUGAAGAUCUCCGUAGGACAAUAGAGAGAGAUUACCACAGUUUAUGUGACAAGCAGCCAGUUGGAAGACUUCUUUUUCGUCAGUUCUGUGAGACUCGUCCAGAGCUUGAGUGCUGUAUUAGGUUUCUUGACUCAGUGGCAGAAUAUGAAGUUGCUCCAGAUGAAAAACUGGGAGAGAAAGGAAAAGAAAUUGUGAUGAAAUACCUCAUCCCAGAGUCCCCAGUUUAUGUAGCAGAAGUCAGUCGAGAUCUUGUCCAGCACGCAGAAGAAAAACUUGAAAACAGUCCCUGUAAAGAGCUGUUCUCACCUUGUGUAAAAUCUGUACAUGAGUAUCUAAGUGGAGAACCUUUUCAAGAAUAUACAGACAGCAUGUACUUUGAUCGAUUUCUCCAGUGGAAAUGGCUUGAAAGGCAACCAAUAACGAAAAAUACGUUUAGGCAGUACAGGGUAUUAGGAAAAGGUGGUUUUGGGGAGGUAUGUGCUUGCCAAGUACGAGCAACUGGGAAAAUGUAUGCUUGCAAAAGAUUAGAGAAAAAAAGAAUAAAGAAGAGGAAAGGUGAAUCCAUGGCCCUAAAUGAAAAGCAGAUCCUAGAAAAAGUCAAUAGUAAAUUUGUAGUCAACUUAGCCUAUGCCUAUGAAACAAAGGAUGCGCUGUGUUUGGUUUUGACCAUAAUGAAUGGGGGUGACUUGAAGUUCCACAUAUAUAACAUGGGAAACCCAGGCUUUGAGGAAGAAAGAGCCUUGUUUUAUGCAGCAGAGAUUCUUUGUGGCUUAGAAGACUUGCAUAGAGAGAACACUGUGUACAGGGAUUUGAAGCCAGAAAAUAUCCUAUUAGAUGAUUUUGGCCAUAUCAGAAUAUCUGAUUUGGGGCUAGCUGUUAAAAUCCCUGAGGGUGACUCAAUCCGCGGACGGGUAGGAACAGUCGGCUAUAUGGCUCCAGAAGUCUUGAACAACCAGCGAUACACGCUUAGCCCUGACUAUUGGGGAUUAGGUUGCCUGAUUUAUGAAAUGAUUGCAGGACAGUCACCAUUCCGUGGGAGAAAAGAGAAGGUGAAGCGAGAAGAGGUAGACAGGAGAGUCUUGGAGACGGAAGAGGUUUAUUCCCAUAAAUUCUCUGAAGAAGCAAAGUCCAUCUGUAAAAUGCUACUGACCAAAGAUGUGAAGCAGAGACUCGGAUGUCAGGGAGAAGGUGCAGCCGAAGUAAAGAGGCACCCGUUUUUCAAGAGCAUGAAUUUCAAACGCUUACAAGCAGGGAUGCUGGACCCUCCUUUUGUCCCCGAUCCCAGAGCAGUGUACUGCAAAGAUGUCUUGGACAUUGAACAAUUUUCAACUGUCAAGGGAGUGAACCUGGACCAAACAGAUGACGACUUUUAUUCCAAGUUUUCCACAGGCUGUGUCUCUAUUCCAUGGCAAAAUGAGAUGAUAGAAACUGAGUGUUUUAAAGAACUAAAUAUAUUUGGACCAAAUGGUACCAUCUCACCAGAUCUUAACAGAAACUACCCACCAGAACCACCUAAGAAAGGAUUGCUCCAUAGAAUAUUUAAACGCCAGCACCAGAACAAUUCCAAGAGUUCUUCAAAUGCAAAGGCCAGUUUAAACCACCAUAUAAAUUCCAACCACGUAAGUUCAAAUUCCACUGGAAGCAGCUAGUUCAACCUGUUCUCUUGUGAACCUUCACUUCACAUCCUUCCACUAUACCAUUUGGAGCUUCGAGGAUGAGACAGCUUCCACCGUUGAGCUAGAAGAUCAACAGUCUCCUACUGUGGGAGAAAUUUCCCUCUGUUCCUUCCAGUGGAGCCUCCCAUUUAAGAAGAAAUUUUCUCUCAGGUUUGUUUUGUAGGUGGCACUCGAGGUCAUGGGACUCAAUGUUGUCUCUGUAGGACAUUGCAAUAGAAACCGGAGUUAUGACAACUUGCACGUAUUUAAAAUAGCAUCAUACCUAGAACUGAAUUUUGUCCUUAUUAUUUUUAAAGAAAAGGUUUUGUAAAUUUCUCUAUUGUCUCAGUUUACAUUUUGUACAUUUGUAUUUAAAUGAAAGUCAGACUUGGGGUUGUAUAUUUUCUGAGCAGCAGCUUGUAAAGCCAUGUGUUUUAAGACUUUUUUU